AUGGUUGAAAAGUUCACUCCUGUAACUGACGAUCAGUUAGCGUUCUCUGGGUUAGCAGCUCGUGAAGAAGUUGUACUUUUGAAAACGUCUGAAACAUUAACCUUACUAUUGUUUGGAGGCAAAGUGAAAUCAGAAGGAAGGCUAGAAAUGUUCUAUGAAAACGUUUGGAAAACCAUUUGCUAUAACGGAUUUGACAUCAGAAACGCUCAUGUUGCUUGCCGUCAACUUGGGUACAAAGAAGUUCUAAGUUUAUGCCGAGCUGCAACAAUGAUGAAUGGGCAAGUUUACACAAGACCGUUACUAUUGAGAGGAGGUUCGUCUAAAUCAGAAGGAAGAGUCGAGGUCUAUUACAGCAGUAAAUGGGGAACGAUUUGCCAUGAUUACUUUGACAUCAACGACGCUCACGUUGUCUGCCGUCAGGUCGGUUACAAAAACGCUCUACGAUACGGAAAAGCAUCAGCGAUGGGGUUUGGACAAGGUCAGUUUCCUAUACGAUUGACCGGCGGCAGUGCACACAAAGGAAUACUGGAGAUCUUUGUCAAUGAUCAGUGGGGGACAGUUUGUGAUGACUCCUUUGGAAUUAAUGAAGCUAUUGUGGCAUGCAGUCAACUAGGAUAUACAUGGCAUCCAACACAUUCUUCACGUAAAAUUGGUGAUUCUUCUGCACCGAUAUGGAUGGAUGACGUGAAUUGCAGUUAUUCAAAUGAACAGAAGACUUAUACUCGUCUUGCUGAUUGCUUUAAAAGCACUACUAAAAAUGCAUUUAGAAAUGGUAAUUAUUGGGGGAAACACAACUGUGGUCACAACCAAGAUGUAGUACUAGAUUGCAAAUCAUCAGCGAAGACCCAUCCAAUUCGUUUGGCGGACGGGGGAGCUGCUCACAAGGGCAGAGUGGAAAUAUUUAUCAACGGUCUUUGGGGUUCAGUUUGUGACGACUUGUGGAGUCUAGGUGACGCUGCAGUCGUGUGUCGUCAGCUAGGAUUUCCUUGUGCUAAAACUUCUCGGACGUCAGCUUACUUUGGACAAAGUGGCCAUUACCACAUUUGGAUGGAUGACGUUUCAUGUAGAGGCGAUGAAAAUAGACUGCAAGACUGCCCGUUUAGUCGCUGGGGAGUUCACAAUUGCAAUCAUAGCAAAGACGCUGGAGUUGAAUGCUGUUCCACAGAUAAAGCAAAUGCUGUCUGCAAUCUACUCGGAUUUAGUGGAGCCGUUGACUUGUUUCAAAAUGCCUACUUUGGUAAAGGAGGAGGACCAUUACGCAUAAUGAACGCUCAUUGCCCAAAAUUUGACACUCCUUUAUCUGAUUCGUGUUUCCUGUCUUCACAAGUAAACAGAACUUGCUCUCAUCGUAAUGAUGUAGGCGUUAUAUGCUUUCCUCAUGAUGGAGAUAUGCAGCUGUUUGUCGAUUUUACUAAAGAGAACAACAAGGUUUACGCGUCUGGAAAAGAGAGAAAUCACAGAGCAGCAAAGUUCCAUUCAAACGUAAAAAGAUAA